AUGAUUGAGCUGCUGCGGCACUCCAUGCACUUCUGCGGCAUAGGUGAGAGGGAGUGGCCCGACUCCUGCAACCUCAACUACUACGAGGAUGGUGGAGCCUCAGUUGGCUGGCACGCGGACGAUGAGCACCUCUUCCAGGGCAAGCUGCAAGACAUCCGCAUCGUGUCGCUGUCUUUUGGCCAAGCCCGCAGCUUCGAGCUGCGAAGAAACUGGCCGGAGGGAGACGAGCCGGGGGUUGAGAGGAUUGUGUUGAGCAAUGGUGACCUGAUGACCAUGGAGGGCAUGACCCAGAAGCAUUACCAACAUCGUGUUCCCAAAGAGAGCUGCAAGGGGCCGAGGAUCAAUCUCACGUGGCGCCUUGUCUGUAGCAGAUCUUUAGCGGUUUUGCUGGACAUGGGGUAUUUUCCAAACAGGGCAAAUAGGGCAACCCCCCCCCCACAGGACAUGGGUUAUUUCCCAAAUAGGGCAACUCCCCCCCCCCCCCCACACUAG